AUCGUCCAUCAAAUACAUUAAAAAUCACCUGACAUUUGUUAUAAUAUUUGCUUUGAAAAUAAAAUGUUUUAGAUAAAAACCAGCCAUGGAUAAGGAGGAAAGCCCGGCUAAAGCCGAAAGCGUAAAAAAACCCGCUCGCUUUUCGGUUGAGAAAAUUAUACGAUACACUUUCGUUGGUCUGAUUGCUCUCUCCCUUGGCUACCUCCACUACCUCUACGUCUCAACACUCUUCGAGAACAACCUCAACUUCUCUCACCUCUCCACCAUGGAACGAGAGAUCUCACUUCGGACCGAGAUGGGCUUCUACUACUCGUACUACAAGACUGUAGUGGAAGAGAGACCGUUCAUAGCCGGAGUGUCGAAACUCAUGUAUGACCGGCUCGUAGAGUUCCCGAAGGAGGUUAAUGCGUUUAACAGAUUCAACAUCGCCCCGGAGGUCCUGAUUGGAGCGAUGUACCGCUAUCUAGAACCGUGGCUAAACACCUCGACAUAUCGGCAGUGUCACAUGGUGUACCGCGGCGACGAAGUAGAGCCCGUCCAAAGCUGUGUGGGCCUCGGAGAGCCCAUGCUGUUCUAUUUGGAGGCUGUAUGGUGGUUGGCCGGGCUGUUGGUAGCGGCGCUGUUUCUCUCGGCAUAUAGUUUGAGCGAUAGCGUGCUAGGCGGGCUGCUAGCCGUCGCGCAGUACUUCGCGAACCAUGCUGAGUGUACCCGGGUACAGUGGGCGCCGAACGAGCGAGAAAACAUGGCCGCUCCGUUACUACUGCUACAGAUGGGCCUAGUAGCAACUCAAUUGCGAAACGGUCGCACGUACUGCCGUGUGCAGGUGUCAAUCUUCAUCGUCAACUGCCUCUGCCUCCUUUUCUGGCAGUUCUCCCAAUUCGUCUUCCUCACACAAACCGUCAUUUUCUUCCUAAUGGAACAACUCAAAAUAAUCGACCUUAAGGCCCUCUGUAUUUUCCUCCACUCACACUUUUGUGGUCUCCAUAUGGCCGUCUUACUGCUACAAGGAAACGAUAUGCUAAAAACUUCUUUGUAUACCUCAUUUUUCUUAGUUGUGUCUACGUAUUGUUUAUUUUUUAGCUCAUUUAGAAUAAAAGUGCAAAAUAGGUUAGAUUUAUUCGUGGAAGCGUGGUUAAUUAUUCUAAGAUUAUUAAUAGUUAUAACAUCAUCCUUUUAUUUAAAGCAUUUAAUAAGUGAUUUUCUUGAAAUACAAGACGAUACUCAUGUAUGGGAUAUUUUGUAUUCUAAAUUUACUAGUUAUAAAAACUUUCAUACCUUGUUGUAUACUUGUUCGGAAGUAUUUGACUUUUUGCCUCUAAGUACUGUUGUUAAUAUGACAAAAACAUGUCUAAUACCUAUGGUUGUGUUUGGCGUGUGUGUCCGCGUGUAUUCGUGGUUUGGAGGAGAGAAGAAGACUGAGAAAAAGGAGGUUCUAGAAGAUGAAGACAGCGGGAUAGAGAAUAAUGCUGAUAGCAAAGAAAAGAACGACGUUGAAAUGGACAUGACAGACUCCACAGUGCGUUAUCUGCGGCGGCUCAAAAUUGAGCCGGCCGUGGUAUACCAAGUGGCUCAACUGUGCGUGUUCGCGAUACUAGCGGCUCUAGUCAUGCGGCUCAAACUGCUACUGGGCAUGCAGCUGUGCGUUGUGAGCGCGCUCGCCGUGAACGCUAACCACAAGGUCCCUCCGUCGGUACGAAAAUACUUGCCACUGUGCUGGGUGGCGGGCUGCGCCGCGCUCGCGCACCGCCUCAGCGUCAAUAUGGGCGCUGAAAUGUCACAUAUAAGUGAAUUCAGCGAUUUUCAACAAGAAGAGCUCCUCAACUGGAUCUUAAAAGAGACAGGAGCGAAAGCGGCUUUCGCGGGAUCCAUGCCCAUACUGGCCACCGUCAUGCUAGUGACGCGGCGGCCUAUAGUGGCGCAUCCACACUAUGAGAACAAGGAGGCGAGAGCCCGCGCUUACGCCGUAUACAAAACUUAUGGUAAAUUCACAACAGAUGAGUUGUAUAAAGAGCUGACGGCUCUCAAGGCCAUCUACCUCAUCGUCGAGAACAAAUACUGCUACGGCAGGAGUCGGCAGGGCUGCUCGUUCGAGGACAUCUGGGAGUCGGAGUACCCCUCCCGCCGCGGGCCGCGGGCCUGCCACGCGCUCCUGUCCGGCACGCAGGACCACUUCUACCCCGUGUUCCGGAACAACCACUACGCCGUGUUCCGGCUCCACGACUACAGUGUCAGGUACAUGCCUCGUAGCUUUGACACUUGACAGCCGGCCGGCAUCGACGACCUGGCCACACACCAGUUAGAGUGAGACGCGUGUACCGUUCUCUCUCUUUCUGAAGGACAUAGGUAGUGAAUAAGUGCCAAUAUUUUUAAAGGACUAACUAUGAAAAUAAUUCUUAAGUGUCAAAAUUUACCUUUAGUCAAAUUUAACUGUAGAAGAUUUGUUGUUUAACCUUUUGAACGCCACAGACGGCAAUUGACGUCAACGCAAAAUCGUGACAACGACGCCAAAGACGGCAUUUGACGUCGAUCGUUUUUUGAUGAAAUUCUACUGAAAAACACCCCACUUUUAGGUUGGCAUUAUUUAUUCACUAAACUAAAUUUUACCCCCGUGGCGUCAGUGGCACGGCAAAUGGAUGCGCCGUUUGGCGUUCAAAAGGUUACACAUUCAGGGCCAGGAACCCGACUGUCGGGUACACUGUUCGUAGCGACUAUGCCCUCCAUACGGCAAAGACGUGGCUACGCGCUACGAACGUAACCCGUAUCACUUAGUGGCAAUGAAUGUGCUAAAUAAAUAUCGUACCUGAUUUGGACAGCUGAAUUAGAUGGCGCAGUACGGCAUCAUGACUACAAUGACAAUAUUCAACUAUCCUCCUAAGGCCCAAGGUCCUACCCAUAGUAUCUUCAGUUCAAUGAAAUUUAAAUCAUAUUCGAUUGGAACAGAGUUGCUUUUGCUUUGGUUCGUCCAGUUUUUGAACAACGCAAAAUCGACUCUAUUUCCUAGCCUUUAGGUUCAAAUUUCUGUGGCAAAUAUUGCAUUUUUCACUUGUAUGGCUGGGCUUGCCAACCAGAGUUACAGCAUUAAUGCAUUUUUUUUUUCAAAUAAAUAUUAUUCUAUUAUUCUAUUCUAGCUGGCCCAACCCGCAUUGGGCCAGCGUGGGGACUAUAGCCCAAGCCCUCUUGCGAGUGAGCGGAGGCCUGUGCCCAGCAGUGGGACGUAUAUAGGCUGAAUGAUGAUGAUGAUGAUUCUAUUCUAAUGCGCGGAGUACGCCAUCUACAACGACUGUCAAAUUUCAAAGCACGAUUUCUUUGACGUUUGCCUUUAGUUUGUGACUUUUAGAUGGACUCUAUCAUAAUAAUUAUUAAGUAAAUAUUACAACUGUCAUACGAUUUGGCGGCUUAUUUCAAAUGUUCACUAUUUUGUGUGUAU